UUCAAACAUGGUUAUGCUUUUCAGCACUGCGAACUUUAAAGGGAAAAGAAAACAAAAGAAAAGCAAAACAGAGAUUUUUUUUGACUCACCAUUGUUCUCUAAUUUCAUAGAGAUCUUGAACUCUAUCGUCAUAUUCAUUUCCUAUUUUAGCAAAAAUCAAAUCAGUGAGUCUUAAUUUAUCAGUCCAGGCAGCAAAAUGGUUUGUCAGCUGUUCUGGGUUGUUGUUUUACUAGCCAUCACAAGAGUUGGAGAAGCAAAGCAAAAUGCUGGUAGCCUAUGCAACCCCAGCGACCUGAAGGGUCUAAUUGAUUUCAAGGCUGGGAUCCACGUUGACACUUCUGGUCGAUUAGCGAAGUGGGUCGGUCACCGUUGCUGCUACUGGGAAGGUAUUCGUUGCGAUAAUCAAACUGGAAGGGUGACAGAAAUCCGUCUUGCAGGAUUCAUUUCCACCAAUGAUUUCCUCUUCCAAUCCGAGAUGAGAGGAUUGUUGUCUCCCUCAAUAACACUUCUCAGCACUGUUGGAGUCAUUGAUCUUGGUGGCCUAGUAGGCCUGACUGGAACGAUCCCACCAGCGAUUGGUUCUCGCCUCCCAAAGCUCCGAAAGCUGUACUUAUACGGCAACAUGCUCAGUGGACCAGUACCAGAUAGUAUCGGUAAGUUGUCGAAACUUGAAGAGCUUCACCUGCAUGAGAAUAGAUUGUCUGGUUCUCUCCCUUCAAGCCUAGGCAAUCUUAGAAAUCUCAACCAACUGCUUCUUUAUUCAAAUCAAUUCACUGGUUUGAUACCCGAUUCCUUCACAAACUUGACAAAUCUGAUGCAUCUGGAUCUGCACGGCAAUGCUCUAACUGGUCAAUUACCAGUCAAGAUUGGUGAAAUGCAGGCGAUGGAAAAGCUCGAUCUUUCGAACAAUUUAUUAGAAGGGAACAUCCCACUUUCAUUAACAAAUCUGAAUUCCAUUUCAGAGUUGUACUUGGAUGGAAACCAUCUUGAGGGAGCAAUCCCUUUUCCAUCAAGUUCUGGCCAAAUGUCUGCUCUUGGCUUCCUUAGACUAAAUGAUAACCAUCUCACCGGAAGGAUACCACAAAAUUUUGGAUAUUUGGUUUCUCUCCAAAGAGUUUCACUAGCAAAUAACAAGCUUGAAGGAGCAAUUCCUUCCAGCUUGGGUAGUCUAUCAGCUUUAACAGAGUUGUAUCUCAACGCCAAUCUGCUAUCUGGCCAGAUACCAAAAUCAAUCUCUCAACUCUCUCGUCUAAUUCUCUUAAACAUAUCUCACAAUUUGAUUCAAGGGCCACUGCCCAGUGAGUUUUCUUCCCUCGAAAAUCUGCAAACUCUAGAUUUCUCAUUCAACCGCUUGAAACUCGUAUCCUUCCCGAAGUGGCUAUCAGAAAUGCCAUCGCUUUCCAAGAUAUACUUGGCCGGAUGUGGAAUUCGGGGAAAAAUUCCAGAAUUCUUGCGAGCAACUCCAAGUCCAAUACAAGAACUGGACUUAUCAGCCAACCAUCUCACUGGAAGCUUGCCAGCAUGGCUGGGGAGCUUGACUCAACUCUACUCAUUGAAUCUCUCAAGGAAUUUUCUUGUUUCAGGGAUUCCUGAUUCAGUUACGAACUUGCAGCAUUUGGGUGUACUGGAUCUCAACUCAAACAGACUCACAGGCCCCAUAAGUAAAGUUUUUGAGAUAGGAAAUGCAUUUCCUGAUGGUUCACUGACAUACAUCGACCUUUCUAAUAACAACUUCUCAGGGGGCGUUGAACAACUUGGAAUAGGAGCUCAAACUGGGAUGCAGUAUCUCAACCUGUCACAUAAUUUUCUGAUUGGCAGAGUGCCAUCAUCCAUAGGAAGAUUGAAAUCAUUGCAGACUUUGGAUUUGAGCUACAAUAAAUUCGGUUCCAAAAUACCAGAGGCUUUAGCUAAUGUGAGCUCAUUAGAAAGGCUGAAGCUGCAGAAAAACCAGUUCACUGGAAACAUACCAGUUGAAUUUCUGAAGCUUAAAAAGCUAUUGGAACUGGAUUUAUCAGAUAAUUUUCUGGUGGGAGAAAUUCCCAUGGGCAAGCCUUUGAGCGAGUUCCCAGAGAGCUCUUACUCUGGAAACAAAGGUUUAUGUGGUAAACCUCUUGCUCCUUGUAAUUCUUGAAGUUCCAAUUGCUCAAACAGAACUGGAUAGAUUAGCAAUAUGUGCAAUUGCUCUGUGAAAUGAAACAAGCUCCAUUAUUAAACUCUCUACCCCUUCCUCCCUUCUUUCCUUUUCCACAAGUUUAUGUACUACUCAAACACAGAUAAUUAAUGCUAAAAUAGUAGAAUGUCCUUUCCCCACAUUGCAAUAGAAAUAAUAACCAGGCUUGAUCAUGA